UUUCGAACAGCAAAACCGCAGAGAAGAAGAAGAAAAUGGAAAGCGCGGAAGGAAUGGAGAUAGAAGACGAAAAAUCAACUCCGAGUCCAAGCAGCGCGAAGCGAUUCGGCCUCAAAAACUCAAUCCAGACGAACUUCGGCGACGAUUACGUCUUUCAAAUCGUUCCCAAAGAUGAUUGGACGUCAAUGGCGGUUUCGCUGUCCACGAAUGCGGUGAAGCUGUACUCGCCUGUGACGGGGCAGUACAUAGGAGAGUGCAAAGGUCAUUCUUCAACGAUCAAUCAAAUCUCGUUCGCAGGGCCGUCGACUCCGCAUGUGUUGUACUCUUGCUCGUCCGACAGUACCCUCAGAGCUUGGGAUUCCAGGUCUUUCCAACAGGUGUCUUGCAUAAAUACAGGUCCGUCGCAGGAGGUAUUCAGCUUCUCGUUUGGUGGGGAAGGUCACAAUCUUCUUGCAGCGGGGUGCAAGUCUAAGAUACUUUUCUGGGAUUGGAGGAGAACGAAGCAGAUUGCAUGCUUGGAGGAAAGUCACGUGGAGGAUGUAACUCAGGUUCAUUUUGUUCCUGGUCAUGAAAGCAAGCUUGUUUCUGCUUCCGUUGAUGGAUUAAUGUGUCUCUUUGAUACCAAUGGAGACAUAAAUGAUGAUGAUCAUUUGAUUUCGGUUUUGAACGUCGGAACUUCAAUUGGAAAAGUUGGAUUCUUCGGUGCAACAAAUCAGAAGUUGUGGUGUCUAACACAUAUUGAAACCCUGAGCGUAUGGGAUUGGAGUAAUGAAAGAGCUGAAGCCAUCUUUGAGGAUGCUCGUGGAUUGGCUUCUGAGAGCUGGACGUUAGAUAAUGUGGACUAUUUUGUGGAUUGUCACUAUUCGAGUGAGGAUGAUGGUCUAUGGGUGAUAGGAGGCACAAACGGUGGGACGAUAGGGUACUUCCCUGUGAAAUAUGCAACAAGUAGAAAAACAGUAGGAUGCCCAGAAGCUGUAUUCCAAGGUGGGCAUACAGGUAUUGUUAGAACUGUGUUACCCAUGUGCAGUAGUAGCAGCAGAAUUGGUGGUGGAAUAUAUGGGUGGACAGGUGGCGAAGACGGUCGCCUGUGUUGUUGGACCUCAGAUGAAUCCACCACCACGACGAAGAGUAACUCUUCAUGGGUAUCAACUGCAUUAGUCGAUAAAUCCCCCAAAACCACCAGAAGAUUGAGACACACUCCUUACUAAAAAAAAAAGAGAGCACCAUCCCUUCCCUUUUGUUAAUGUUGUAUUUUAAUUUUAUUAAGGACUGUCCCGGGGACUUUUAAUUAUUGCUCAACAAAUGGGCCUGCCUACAACCCAUUGAUUGCAGUCCUUCCGGCCUAUAAAUUGCAAAAAGAGAGUAGAUAUCAAUAAUUAUGAUUUAUUAUUACUUUUCUUAAUCAAAAACCUUAUUAUGACUUAAAA